AUGGCAGUGAUUAUGGUGGCGAUUAUUUCUCUAUUAUGGAGCACUGUUGCUUCUACUAGUCCAAGUGCGAUGUUGUACAUAGGAGGGGAAACAAGACAAUUAUAUAACAAUUUUACUCUUGGCGUGUAUACGUUAGUUGUGGAUGCUUCGAAUCAAACCCAGCAUUUCAAUGGCAAACCGUCGUAUCGGCAUGAGACUGGAAGCCUAUUCCUUUACUAUAUGCCGAGCUUAAUGGAUGGACCAAGUUGGAGAAUAGGGGACACUAUAGGAGAUUCAGCGACAUAUGUAAAGAUCGAACAAACUGUAGAGUUACCAGAAUUAAUAACCGAGCCUCUGUACACUUGGAGUGGAUCUGAUUGGAUAGUAAUGGACGGAAUAUCGAUAGUUCCUUUUAAUGAAGGCAAGAACACCUGUAGACAUCUAAAGCUAUCCGGAAUUGAAAAUUCUAACAUGAACGGCAUAUACGAGAACAGAAAUAUGACUAAUAGACAUAGGCCUAGUUACUACCACAUGGUCCUUGCAGGGUAUUAUCUGUACUACACAUCUUAUAGGAGGAGAUGGUUGGUUGAUUCUGAUUUUAAUGAUACUGCUUAUUUCGCAUAUUCCGCUGCUAAUUGGAGACUUCAUCCGGUUUCAACAAAUCCUUGGGUGGUGUCGAUUGCAACAUGGAAACAACAACAAAAUGUUGUAUUAAAUUGCUUAGAUGGGAAUAUACAGUGUAGCUAUAUUCUACUAUCUGGUAUAGUGGAGACGCCAUCAAUAAACGGUUUAUAUGAGAAUAAUAACAAGAUCAUCGCGAAUAUGUCUACUUACACGAAGCAGAGUAAUACAGCGUACCACAUAUACUUUGUAAUGUCUACUGGAAGUAUGGGAAAAUGGGUGAUUGAUACCGAUUUUGUUUCAACGCAUUAUCCUGCUAGUUCAAAUACCAUUGAUAUUGGAACUGGAGUUGAAAACAACCCCACCGCUGCAUCCUACUGGGUAGCACUGGGAGAUGCCGAAUGGGUUACCCAGGAAAAUUCAAAAUGGAGUUGUGUUGAUGAUAUUGAUGAUUGCCAUCACUCUCUUUGUAAAAAUAGUGGAUCUUGUAUAGAUGGCGUGGACAGUUAUAGUUGUAACUGCGUCGCUGGCUACACUGGUAGUCUUUGUGAGUCAGAGUUAAAUGAAUGUCUGAGCUCACCUUGUCAAAACGGAGAAUGUAAUGAUGCUUUCAACAACUAUAUAUGUACGUGCAGAGAGGGGUUUACUGGCCGCCAUUGCGAGAAAGAUAUUAAUGAAUGUGAAAGUAAUCCAUGUCUAAAUGAAGGAAAUUGUAUUGAUAGAGAGAAUGGAUAUGAAUGUAAUUGUGUUCCCGGAUAUACUGGCACUAAAUGUGAAACAGGUACAUAUAUAUCGGCAAUUAAUAUCUGA